UCUUCCUUCCAGCAGUGACAUGGCAUAGAGCCGCCGGUGUGUGUCUCUCCAGCAGCAGCAGCAGCAUCAUCCUGCACCAAUGGACGCGCCGCGGCCGCCGAAGCGGCGCGGAGCCUCCGACUCGACCACGACGACGACGACGAUGAUGAGGAAAAUGAUGACGGUGACGACGAUGUGGAUGCUACCGUGCGCGGCGUCCGGUCUGCAGGCGGAGGACGGAAUGGGAGAACUCGCCACGGAGAAGGAGGCUGAGGAAAGUCACCGACAGGACAGCGUGAACCUGCUGACGUUCAUCCUGCUGCUGACCUUAACGAUCCUCACCAUCUGGCUCUUCAAGCACCGCAGGGUGCGCUUCCUGCACGAGACCGGGCUGGCGAUGAUCUACGGCCUGCUGGUGGGCGUCGUCCUGCGGUACGGCAUCCCGGCCACCAGCUACCACAACAAGACGCCCCCCAGCUGCUCGCUGAAGGAGGGGCCCGUCAGCACCGUGCUGCUCAACGUCAGCGGCAAGUUCUUCGAGUACACCCUCAAGGGGGAGAUCAACUCCAGGGAGAUCCACAACGUGGAGCAGAACGACAUGCUGCGCAAGGUGACCUUUGACCCCGAGGUGUUCUUCAACAUUCUGCUGCCGCCGAUUAUUUUCCACGCCGGCUACAGUCUGAAGAAGAGACACUUCUUCAGGAAUCUGGGCUCCAUCAUCACUUAUGCGUUUCUUGGCACCGCCAUCUCAUGCUUUGUCAUCGGGAAUCUGAUGUACGGUGUGGUCAAACUCAUGCAGAUGGUCGGUCAGCUGACCGACAAGUUCUACUACACAGACUGCCUUUUCUUCGGGGCCAUCCUCUCGGCCACGGACCCGGUGACGGUGUUGGCCAUCUUCAAUGACCUCCACGCUGACGGGGACCUCUACGCUCUGCUGUUUGGCGAAAGCGUGAUGAACGACGCGGUGGCCAUCGUCCUCUCAUCGUCGAUCGUUGCGUACCAGCCCAGCGCAGCAAACACACACGUGUUCGACGCCGCGGCCUUUUUCAAGUCGGUGGGGGUCUUCCUGGGCAUUUUCAGCGGCUCCUUCGUGAUGGGCGCCGCCACGGCGGUCGUCACCGCUCUCGUCACCAAGUUCACCAAACUGCACUGCUUCCCGCUGCUGGAGACGGCGCUCUUCUUCCUCAUGUCCUGGAGCACCUUCCUGCUGGCCGAAGCCUGCGGCUUCACAGGCGUCGUGGCCGUGCUGUUCUGUGGCAUCACGCAGGCUCACUACACCCACAACAACCUGUCUGCAGAGUCCAACACGCGCACCAAGCAGCUGUUCGAGGUCCUCCACUUCCUGGCUGAGAACUUCAUCUUCUCCUACAUGGGUUUGGCCCUCUUCACCUUCCAGAAUCACAUUUUCAGCCCCAUCUUCAUCAUCGGGGCUUUUACCGCCAUAUUCAUUGGGCGAGCGUUCAACAUCUACCCGCUGUCCUUCCUGCUCAACCUCGGCCGGAGGCACAAGAUCAAAGGGAACUUCCAGCACAUGAUGAUGUUCGCAGGUCUGCGAGGGGCGAUGGCGUUCGCCCUGGCCAUCCGGGACACGGCCACCUACGCCCGCCAGAUGAUGUUCACCACCACGCUGCUCAUCGUCUUCUUCACCGUCUGGGUGUUCGGCGGCGGGACCACGCCCAUGUUGUCAUGGCUACACAUCAGGGUGGGCGUGGAUCCCGACCAGGACCAGCAGCCCAGUGCAGACAGCUUCCAGGUCCUGCAGGGGGAGGGCUCCGAGGCUGAAGGACUGAGCAGGACCAAGCAGGAGAGCGCGUGGCUCUUCAGGCUCUGGUACACCUUCGACCACAAUUACCUGAAGCCCAUCCUGACCCACAGCGGGCCCCCCCUCACCUCCACGCUGCCGGCCUGCUGCGGCCCGCUGGCCAGCUGCCUGACCAGCCACCGGGCCUACGAGGACCAGCUGAGGGACCUCAACUCGGAAAUCUUCCGAAACGACGGCGACCUCACCUUCGCGUUCGGGGACACCUCGGUCACGGCCAACGGGGCGUCCGGCGCCGGGGGCGCGGCCGGCGUCUCGGGCUGGAGCGCCAACGGGAAGCGGAGCGGCAGCACCUCGGAGGAGGCGCUGGAGCGCGAGCUGGACUCCCGCGAGCAGGAGCUGCUGAGCCGAGGCACGCGCCUGGUUUUCCCCAUCGAGGACCACAUCUGACCGCCCCCCCCCCUCACCCCUCACCCCCUCACCCGCCCUUUGACCUCUGAGAGCGCCUCGCCCCCUCGCACAUCCUGCAGGGUCAGAGCGUCCAGGCCCUUCAGAGAACUCAAGGAGGCGUUCCAUCCCCGUCACGCAGCUGGAGACGUUUGUCCUCUGUUCAGUUGGACCGAUCGGGUCAGGAAGACACGGGGGACGCCUUCGUGAUGCAGGACGUCAGACGUCCACUGCGGCUCGUUUUCAACUGGACGCGAGGUCAGGAGGUCGGGAAGUGUUUCUCUCGUGACGCGACCUCACGUCGCCCAGAGUUCACCAGCGAGCUGCUUCUUCACAAUCUCAUCUAGAGGCUUUAAUAGUUUACAGAUCCAACCACAGAUCUGUGUGUGUGUGUGUGUGUGUGUGUGUGUGUGUGUGUGUGUGUGCGUGUGUGUGCGUGUGUGUGCGUGUGUGUGCGUGUGUGUGCGUGUGUGUGCGUGUGUGUGCGUGUGUGUGCGUGUGUGUGCGUGUGUGUGCGUGUGUGUGCGUGUGCGUGCGUGCGUGUGUGUGCGUGUGCGUGUGUGCGCGUGUGGUAUUGUACAGUGAAUGUGUCUCCGCUGGGUGAAGAAUGUGAGCAUGUAAAUAGGCACAAUGACAAGCUUUGUUCCUCUCUCUCUACGUGGGGGGUGCGCUGCCUUCGGAGCGUCCCGUGGCCGUUACCAAGCGGCGUCUUUGUGCAUGUGCGCGUGCACGUGGUCUUUUGUCCACCUGCUGCAGUGUUUUUCACACAAACGUCAUGAUGUGGACCACAUGAAUCCUGGUCCACUGGUAGAAAAAGCAAAUGAGCAUUUAUUUUUGUUGGGCUGCAUCUUAUGUUUUUUUUUUUUUUUUUAUUAUUAACACUUCUUAAAAUGUUAUAAAAUAGAAAUUUCUUCAAUUGCUUUUUAUUUCCAACAUGUAGUCCAAAGUAAAAAAAAAAAGAAAAAAAGUUUGCAAAGUGAACUUGAGGACGAACCGCUUUAGUUCUGUUUUUACCUUCAU